GUUUUCUCAGUUUUGUUCUACUGCUCACAUUUCUCAUUCUCUUCUCCUCUCUACGAAAUUUCGCUUUUGUUUGUCUAUCCAUGAUCUUACGAGAAUUAGCUCUCCUUCUCGUGAUCGUUUCCGAUUCAUUGCUGUAAAACUCGAUCAGACUUCUGCGCCGACUGAAUGGCGGUUCGUGAUUCUCCACCCAGCUUGCUCUAGUGAAAACUCUCCCAUCCAUGGCUGCUCGGGGCGUCGAUUUCAAGUGACGCCGUAUUUUGAUUCUUGCAGGUAUGACGGGUUUUUCUUGUCGAUGCUCGCGACGAGCGUAGUAAUAGUUUCGAUCAGUUGGAAGAGGUACCAUACUUGUGUACAUCCCUUACAUAUAUGGAUUGUGGUUGAUUAUACUACCGUCUUUGUUUUCCGCCUGCUGAUGUUUGUUGACAAUGGACUUGCUGCUGGAAUGGGUUUGGACUUUGGGUGGCAGCAGAGGUAUGCUCGAUUUUGUGGAAGAAUUGCGGUCCUUUCAGUCCUUGCUCUUCUGCUAUAUCCAUUUCUUUGGGCUUGGACUGGCAUUGGUACUUUGUGGUUUAUAGAAGCUAACAAAUGUCUUCUUGAGCAAGGCCAGAAAUGGGGGUUCCUAAUUUGGUUACUUUUUAGCUACUGUGCACUCAUAUGCAUUGCUUGCAUGUUUUUGGGGAAGUGGUUGACUCGUAGACAAGCACUCUUGUUACGGGCGCAACAAGGGAUCCCUGUAUCAGAAUAUGGGGUCUUGGUUGACAUGAUUCGAGUACCAGAUUGGGCUUUUGAAGCGGCAGGACAAGAAACUAGGGUAAUGGGCCAAGAUGCUGCUGCAUACCACCCCGGACUUUACUUGACUGCAGCUCAGAGGGAAGCUGUGGAAGCACUUAUUGAGGAACUUCCCAAAUUCAGGUUAAAGGCUGUUCCAACAGAUUGCAGUGAAUGUCCUAUCUGCUUAGAAGAGUUCCAUGUAGGGAAUGAGGUUCGUGGCCUCCCAUGUGCGCAUAAUUUUCAUGUAGGAUGUAUUGAUGAGUGGCUUCGACUGAAUGUGAAAUGCCCUCGAUGCCGUUGCUCGGUCUUCCCAAAUCUUGACCUCAGUGCUCUGUCCAAUAUUCGCACUGAUACUGAUAGGCCAUCUGCAAGCGUUAUUACGGCCAAUCGAUAUAUGAGAUCUCAACCUUCCAGCCAAAGUUACCUGGUGAGAUUGCAGGGUCUGCUUAGACCCGUUCGAACAGAGAACACUAGUGCACACAGUGAUUUAGAGACUGGUAGUGCUUUGGAAGGUGCUGAGAAUGGGUCUGCCCAUGACCAAACUAUUUCAGAACGGUCUCUGUCUUUGAGUCAGUCCACUUCACAACUCUAGGUAGUUGGGAUGUUUUUUCCCUUGGUGUUUUGACUGAUUCUAACUGCUUCUGUAGAAGCUGAACGAUAAGUGUCCACAUCUAGCCAUUUGCAAAUGCCGGCAACUGUGUAAUAGAAAAGCUCGAACGUUUGUUUCUUGUAUUGAAGAAAUCUACUCACUCACAUUCUAGCAAAAACUCAAUUUUCCUUUCUUCAAA